AUGGGUACACGUCGUGUGUCGUCACCAAAUGGCGACUUCACUCUUUUCUUCACCAUCCAGAGCCCGUUCUCCAACUUUCAUCCAUGCCGUUUUCAGCAGAAAGCAAUGGACGGCUCAAGAAGGCAUUUUAAUUGUGUUGAACAGUAUUAUAUGUAUAGCAAAGCCUUGUCAGCGGGCGAUAAAACAGUCGCAGAGAAAAUAAUGUCAGAACGCGAUCCAAAGAACAUGAAACGGCUCGGUAUGACGAUUGAAGGAUUCGAUCGAGAAAGGUGGGACAGCAUAAGCGCUUCCAUUAUGACACUUGCACUCGAAGCGAAGUUCAUGCAAAAUACUCAGAUGCGUUACAUGUUGUUCUUGACGCACGGUUCUAGGCUAGUCGAAUGCUCACCGAAAGACGUCAUUUGGGGCAUAGGUCUCUCGAUCGACAGUCCGGAUGCUGUGAAUCCUUCACGAUGGCGUGGUAAAAAUCGUCUUGGAACUCUUAUGGAUGCCGUGCGAGAGAAGUUAUGGGUCAUGGAAGAAUAUAGACCUUUGCGUGAGGAAGUCGAGAAUCAAAUGAAUUUAUUUUCUGGAUAUGCUGAUUUAUAUUUCUCGUCAAGAAUAACAAGGCGCUGUUGGUACUGUUGA